GCUCUAUCUGUGACGGCUCCGCCUGCGCCUACAGCUCAGCGACUGAUCCGCGACUUAGAUCAGAAACUUACACUCCAAACAGAGUCUCAUCCGGCGUCAUCACAGGCGGCGGCUGUUGCCGAGGCUCCAGCGCUCCCUCCUGCGUCGUCAAAAGCUGUUCGUUUUCCGAGUCGGCCUGGAUGCGGGAGGUUCGGCAUGAGAUGUGUUGUAAAAGCAAAUCAUUUUCUGGUUGAUAUUGCAGACAGGGAUUUGAACCACUACGAUGUGACCAUUACUCCUGAAGUCCUAUCAAAGAAAGUUUGUAGGGUUAUUAUGAACAAGCUAGCUUCAGAUUAUACCCAAACUCACUUGGGCAACCGGAUGCUUGCCUAUGAUGGAGGCAAGAGUGUUUAUACUGCAGGGGAAUUGCCCUUCAAAUCCAUGGAUUUUGUUGUAAAGUUAGCUGAUGAUAAGGGAAGUUCAAGGCGAGAAAGAGAAUAUAAGGUAUCAAUCAAAUUUGCUACCAAACAUAGUCUGUAUCAUCUACAGCAAUUUUUGCAAAGCAGGCAGCUUGAUGCCCCACAGGAAACCAUACAAGUUCUUGAUGUGGUUUUGAGGACAAAUCCAUCAUCCCUAUAUCAAGUUGUGGGGAGAUCAUUUUUCUCAAGUCAGUUUGGAGAAGGCCAACUAUCUGAUGGUUUGGAUUACUGGAAAGGAUUUUAUCAGAGCCUUCGCCCAUGUCAAAUGGGGCUAUCGUUGAAUAUAGAUGUGUCUGCUAGAGCAUUUUAUGAACCCAUUUUGGUUUCUGAGUAUGUGAAGAAGUUUGUUAGAGAUUUGAGUAGGCCUUUGACAGAUCAAGACCGUAUAAAGAUUAAAAGAGAUUUGAGGGGUGUUAAGGUGGAAUUCAAUCAUCUAAGUUACACUAGGCGCUAUAAAAUAUCUGGAUUGUCUUCCCAACCAGCUCAUCAGUUGAUUUUUGAGCUUGAUGGGGGAGAGAAGAUUUCUGUAGGCCAGUACUUCCGUCAGAAAUACAAUAUUGUACUUCAAUAUCCCAUGUUGCCUGCCAUUCAGUCCGGUAGUGAUGCUAGACCUGUAUAUGUACCCAUGGAGGUUUGCACAAUUGUUAAGGGACAACGAUAUACAAGAAAACUUAAUGAAAGACAAGUAACUCAGUUGCUAAGAGCAGCAUGCAAACGUCCUCCUGAGAGGGAGAAAAUAAUUGAGCAGAUAAUUGAGAAGAAUGAGUAUAACAAGAAGGAAUUAGUGAAGACUGAAUUUGGAAUGCAGUUAAGGACUGCACUUACUCAAAUUGAUGCACGUGUCCUUCCACCACCAAGGAUAAAAUAUCAUGAAUCUGGGCGUGAAUCCCUUGUUGAUCCUAGGGUUGGAGUGUGGAACAUGAUAAAUAAGAAAAUGGUUGAUGCUGCAAGGGUGGAAUUUUGGGCAUGUGUCAACUUCUCACGGUGUAAAGAUCCAGAUAGGUUUUGUGGAGAAUUACUUGAGAUGUGCUGCAGUAAAGGGAUGGAUUUCAAUCCAUCCCCUUUGGUUCCUAUUCAUUCUUUUCAUCCUAGUAAGAUUGAAAAGACAUUGAUUGAUAUUCAUAAAGACUGCACUGCUAGAAUUUCAAGUAUGAAGAAGAGUGGAAAUUUACAGCUUCUGAUAAUUAUUCUUCCUGAUGUUAGCGGGUCCUAUGGAAAGAUCAAGAGGAUUUGUGAGACAGAGUUGGGAAUUGUCUCUCAGUGUUGUCAACCUAGACAAGCAGCCAAGUAUAAUAACAAGCAAUAUCUUGAGAAUGUUUCACUAAAGAUAAAUGUUAAGGUUGGCGGAAGAAACUGUUUUUUGGAGCUAGCUGUGCAGAGAAACAUACCUUACCUGACUGAUCGCCCGACGAUAAUCUUUGGGGCUGAUGUUACUCAUCCAUCUCCAGGGGAGGACACAAGUUCUUCAAUUGCUGCAGUGGUUGCAUCAAUGGAUUGGCCUCAUGUUACAAAGUAUAGAGGGCUGGUUUCUGCACAGCAGCAUCGUGAAGAGAUCAUCCAGGGGCUUUAUAAAACACAUCAGGAUCCACAAAGAGGAACGGUUCAUGGUGGCAUGAUUAGGGAAUUACUAAUUGAGUUCAGAAAGUCAACAGGGCGUAAGCCAGAGAGAAUCAUAUUUUAUAGAGAUGGAGUGAGUGAAGGACAAUUUUGUCAAGUGUUGUUAGAAGAAAUGGACGCAAUUCGAAAGGCAUGCAAUUCAUUGGAGGCAAAUUAUCUACCUCCAGUUACCUUUGUUGUAGUGCAGAAGAGGCACCACACACGCUUGUUCCCUGCUAAUCAUGAUGAUCGCAGAAUGACAGAUAAAAGUGGCAACAUACUACCAGGCACUGUGGUUGAUACGAAGAUUUGCCACCCAACAGAAUUUGAUUUCUACCUUUGCAGCCAUGCUGGUAUCCAGGGGACCAGCCGUCCUGCUCAUUACCAUGUGCUGUAUGAUGAGAACGCAUUCACUGCAGAUGCUUUGCAGAACCUAACAAAUUGCUUGUGUUAUACCUAUGCUCGAUGCACUAAAUCAGUCUCCAUUGUUCCACCUGCAUAUUAUGCGCAUUUGGCCGCUUUUCGUGCCAGGUAUUAUGUUGAGGAUGAAGUAUCAGAUGGAUCCUCUGGAAUGGCGGGCGGCAGGGCUACUAGGGAAAACACUGCUAAUGUUAGGCCAUUGCCUGCCAUUAAGGACAAUGUGAAGGCCGUUAUGUUUUACUGCUGAAGGAGAUCAGUUUUUUGUAUUGGGGUACUAUGUUUUCUGUAUAUCAGACUCCAGACUUUGGGCUGGUACAUUGAAUGUGUUUUGUGAGCUCAUUUUGUUUAUCCUUCUGAAUUAAAGUAGUGUCGUCUUUUGAAACUAGGGUCAUUUUGCCCUAAAAUCUUAUUUCUGGAGUAUAUUCAUGUUUCGCUCUAUAGUUGGUUUGUGUAAUUGUCUGUGAAGAUUAUCUUGUCAUAGGCGCUCCUGGAAGACUGGAUGGUGUUCCAGAAUAUAUAGUAGUUAAAUGAAAUUA